GGCAGGUGGUUUGUCUGUGCAAAUCGAAUACAUAGAAACUGGGGCUGCUGGGCCACGCUCGAACAGGCGACCCUGGUAGGGAUCCAUCCAUCACAGGAACCAUUUGCAGAGAUGCAGAGGACGAAGAGCAAGGGGAUCCAGGAUCAGCGGGGACCAACGCUGCCACCCCAUUUGCCCCCCAUUGCCAAAAACAACCAUGAGGUAAAAUUGGCGCUGGCUGGCUGGGCAGCGCUGGCACUCAAUGGUGCCCUAAUAAAAGUACAAGAGAUCUGCCGUUCCCAUGAUACCCUCCCUUCCUCUUUUCUUUCCUCACGAAACGACCCUGUUGAUGUCGAUGCCGUGACGUGAAAGCAUCUCUCCAGCUUUCGUCCUUGUUUUCUGCGUAUCCAAACCACCGCUUCACUCUUUUAGCGGGCACUCGUUUUCACGAUAUCACGAAAAUAAACAAACAGCCAUACAAUUUAAAUUCGCGCAACCGUCAAGGUCAAUUGGAGUUUAGUUCUAAGGAAUUUCAACAAGUAAUAAUGAAGGCAACUAUCGCGGUCGCCGCUGCUGCGGCCCUGACCGGUGUCAACGCCGUCAGCGUUCACCACCGACACGCUCGCGCCCACGAUGCGUUCCGCGCCCUCGAGAAGAAGGCUGACAACGCCACCUGCGGAUGUACUACCAUCUACAGCACCUACUAUGGUGAAGCCACUCUCUCGUUCCCUCCGGUCCCCCCCACGACUUCUGCUACGGCUACGGCUGUGGCUACUCCCUCUUCCUCCUCCGUCCCUCCGCCGCCGCCAGCUACGACUAGCUCGACCGCCGUGCUCGUCCCGACGCCAAUUCCCCAGACUGUCUCGACCACGGGUGUCUACACCUUCCCUGCUACCACCGUAACUCUGACCGACUCGACUACGGUCGUUGUUCCCUCCACGACCGCUGUCCCCAGUGGUACUCACACCCUCGGUGGUGUUACCACCAUCGUCACGACCGAGACUACGGUUACCUGCCCGUACGCUACUGUUUCCACCAGCGAAGGCGUCACUACCAGCGUCAUUGAGACCACGACUUACGUCUGCCCGUCUGCUGGUACUUACACCAUUGCUCCCAUCACGACUACGGUCGACAAGUCCACCAUUGUGACCGUCCCCUCCGUCACCAACUUCCCCCCUGGAACCUACACUCAGCCUGAGGUUGUCACCACUGUCACUGAGACCAACACCGUUAUCUACUGCCCGUUCGACACUCCUACUCCUAGCGUCUCGACCACUCCCAUCCAGGUCCCGACCUCGGUCCCCGUUGCCGUUCCCACCUCAGUUGUCGUUCCCACCACCUCUAUUGUUCCCGAGCUUCCCAUCACCUCUAUUAUUCCCACCAUUUCUAUCCCCCAGGUUUCCAGCAUCUCUGUUCCUGAGGUUUCCACCUCCGUGCCCGAGGUUCCCAAGUCCAGCUCGUACCCUGCUUCUACUCCCUCUUCUUCCACUUCUACGCCUAAGCCCAGCGGUACUCUCGGUGGACCGGCAGGCCAGCCAUGGGGUAUCUCGUACACUCCUUACGAGACUAGCCAGCAGGGUGGAUGCAAGAGCGCCAGCCAGGUCGAGGAGGACAUUGCUGCUAUUGCCGCUGCCGGUAUCGAGGCCGUCCGUGUCUACUCCACUGACUGCGACACCCUCCCCAACGUUGGUGGCGCUUGCGAGAAGCACGGCCUGAAGAUGAUCCUCGGUAUCUUCAUCGACUCCCCUGGCUGUGAUGCCCAGAACCCCACCGUUUCUGAGCAGAUCAGCGCCAUCAAGGACUGGGCCAAGUGGGAACUUGUUGACCUUAUCUCUGUCGGUAACGAGGCUGUCUUCCACGGUUACUGCGAACCUGCUGAGCUUGCUUCCCUCAUCACCAAGUGCAAGGGCGAGUUCACCGGUUACACCGGCCAGUACACUACCGCCGAGACUGUUAACAUCUGGCAACAGAGUGACUUCUCUUCUGCUAUCUGCGGUGUCGUCGAUGUUGCUGGUGCCAAUGCGCACGCUUUCUUCAACACCCAGACCGUUGCCUCUCAGGCUGGUGAGUUCGUCAAGGGCCAGCUCGACAUCGUCAGCAACAUCUGCGAUAACGUCUCUGGUAUCAUUCUUGAGACUGGUUGGCCCUCGGCCGGUGUGACUAUGGGUCUUGCCGUUCCCGGUGUAGCCGAGCAAGCCGUGGCCAUCAAGAGCAUUGUCAAGGAGUGCGGUGACAAGGCUGUCAUGUUCAGCUACUCCUCCGACGCCUGGAAAGACCCCAACACUGCCUGCCAGUGCGAGCCUCACUUCGGUGUCGCCGCUGCUCUUGGCAUUAGCAUCAGCAUAUAAGUUGCCUUUUAAACUCGCGCACUAACGGCGUUAUAUUGUACAUUGUUACGUCUUUAUCCAAACGGGUUGCAACAUAGACGCUUUUGGCUACGGAGAAGUAUAUGACUAGGCUACCGUCAGGGCGGUUCGGUUGUUGUAUAUCCGGAGGAUGCGUAUCCGUAGUUCCCUUUGUAAUAAGAGCGAUGUCUAGGGUUGGACUGGCGGCGCAAGGAAAGCGAUAGAUGUAUUUCUUGAGAGUAGCUCAAUCCUAGGUGUCAAUACCUCGGCCCGUUCCGAAUGUAGGGUCUGAUUCAUAAUGUUGUAAUCUACUAGUAACUAUCUAUUAUUGGAUAACACUGUUUGUCUUUAUUAUUUACGGCGUCUUUUGUGGUAUGCUUUUUGAAGGUGGAUGGAUUUUUGAAAUAUUAGAGUGACUACCUAAAUUUUGUGAAGCUUCGUUCUAUUAUAUCUCAUUGUAUUUAGUGUUGAAUUAUGGAGUCUUCAGUGUUCC